UGGGGCUCAGUAGAAAUGAGGUGCCUUGGCCUCUGGUUCCUGCUGCUGCUGCUCGUGGCGCUGCUAGGCGGGGAGGCUGCGGCAGGCGCCGUCACCUGCGGGUCGGUGCUGAAGCUGCUCAACACCCGGCACAGCGUGCGGUUGCACUCGCACGAGGUCAAGUACGGAUCCGGCAGCGGGCAGCAGUCGGUGACUGGUGUCGACACACCCGACGAUGCCAACAGCUACUGGCGCAUUCGAGGGAAAAGCGAUGGCAGCUGCCAGCGAGGCACAGCGGUUAAGUGUGGGCAAGCCAUACGCCUGACCCACGUCAACACAGGGAAAAACUUGCACACGCAUCACUUCACCUCGCCGUUGUCCAGCAACCAGGAAGUGAGUGCCUUUGGUGAUGAUGGUGAAGGAGAUGACCUGGAUAUCUGGACUGUGCAAUGCAGUGGGACAUACUGGGAGCGGGACGACACAGUGCGCUUCAAGCACGUGGGAACCGAGGUGUUUCUUUCAAUAACAGGGGAACAGUAUGGCCACCCAAUCAGAGGCCAACGGGAAGUUCAUGGCAUGUCUACUCCUAAUCAUCACAACUACUGGAAAGCGAUGGAAGGAGUUUUCAUCAAACCCAGUGUGGAGCCUGCAAAACAUGAUGAGCUCUGAAUUGGUCUGAAGACUUAACCAUGCUUGUUUAACCCCAGCUGAUGAGCUGCUGCUCCUUGGUCUCUUGCAAAUACUGUCUUCUCCAAGUCACUGACUCUCAGUACAGCUGAAGGGCAUUAGGAGGUUUCAGGAAUCCAUCGCUGCUGUGGGGGACUGCAGUUUCCUGGAUCACACAUUGAAACUUGAGUUUUAUAGUUGAAUUGGUAAAGCAGCUUGUGCUUCUGUUUGCUUUCACUGCAAUUUUCUUAGUUCAUUGCUUUCUUCUCUUUUCCUUAGUCCAGAAGGAAGUGGCAAACUGAAGUAAAAUCUCUCAAUCCCAAACACCGUACAGAUUUACUUUUUUGUAAACCCUGUGCAGUUAUUUCUGGAAACUAGUCUGUGGUGUUUAGUGAAAGAAAGGUAUUAAGUGCAAAGAUGAAGUAAAUUUAGAAUGGGGAAAAUUUCUCUUACCAAACUUGGGGUCUUGUGGAGAAGAUGGAACUGCCAAUCCAGUUUUUUCUGAAAAAUAUCUGUGGUUCACUUGAAAGGUGCUUCUGAUAUUUAUUAUGAGUGGCAGUGUGCGCUUUAUCUGCAUUCAGAAUCUUCUCUUUCUAGAGAUGUAAAUGAAAUAUGUUCUAUGUUGUUGGGGCAGGAGCACUUAUUUUUCACUUUAAGAAUUUGCAUUUUGAUAGUGGUUGUACUGCUACUAUUUUAAAUGAUAAAAUUGUUCUGUUCUGAGAACUACUCUAGAAAACUAGUAUUUAUAGAAAGCUGAGAUUCAUUAAACAAAUUAUUUCAUGUAGUCUGAAAGAGCAAUUCUGUUGAACCUUGACUUUUUUUUACUCUUGCAAAUAACCUCGUGAUUCAACAUUAGAACACAGAUAAAAGAAAAGGAUAGAUAUAUGGGUAUGUUUGCUCGGAUUAGGAAAAAGGGACAGAUUCUUGUUUCAUGUAUAGGUCCUGAACUUCUGAGAGAGGGACUGUGCUGUGAAUACUACUAGUCAGAAACUUUGUUCUUGAACAAAUCAUUGAAUUUCUCUGCGCCUCUGUCCUCAUCUCUAAAAA